AUGUCAGACCACGUCCACGACCGCGGCAGAUCCCUCACCACAGAAAGCUCCUCCCCGACCUUCAACUACCCAUGGGCAGCAGCACCAGACAUAAUCCGCUCCAACCAAAAAGACGCCUACUUCCAAUCUGUCCUGCUCACCCAACUCUCUUCCGUCAUACGCUCCCUCUACGGCACCCGCUCCGAGCACAAAUGGUCCAACGAAGCCUCCGUCUUCACUGAGCUGCUUUACCUAGGCCUCACCACCUUCCUCGGAAAUCGCACCCUGGGCGAGGAAUACACCGACGUAAUCCAGAUCGAAGAUGACACCCACCGCUUGCCCUCCCUGGCUCGUCGCUCCGGCUACAUCCUCUCCAGCGUCCUCUUGCCCUACAUCCUCAACCGCUUCCUCCCCCUCUUCCGCAAACGCCUCCGGUCCAAAUUGGAAGUAACCCUAACAAAAGCCCACCGCCGCCGCGUAUCCUCCCCAACCAGGCAAAAAGCCCCACCAACCAAAUCAGCCCAACUGCAGGAAUACAUCCUCAAAAACCUCGACAGCAUCACCUCACCCGCGCCCUUCUACGCCGCCAGCCUCGCAAUCUUCUACUUCAGCGGCGCCUACUACCAACUCUCCAAGCGCCUCUUCGGCCUCCGCUACAUUUUCACCCGCAAACUAACCGAAUCCGACCAACGCGCCGGCUACGAAGUCCUCGGCGUACUCCUAAUCGUCCAAAUGGUCGUGCAAGGAUACCUGCACCUCCAAUCAACCUACCAAACCGUCCAACUCGCCCCGGGCCCCUCUGACCCCGCCUCAUCCCAACUCCUCAACGGCGGCAGCGCCAUCAUCGACGAAGGAAUCGAACUAGGAGUCGAAAACCAUUUCAACACCCCGCUCCUCUUCGAAGCGCAUAGCCAAGGCAACGAUCCAGAAGUCAUCAAGCAGCGGGUUGCGAAAGUAACGCAUACGCCCAUGUUGAAAGGGGGCGGGCAUAGGUAUGAUUUGAAGGAUGGGGAGGUGAUGCAGUGGAUUGAGGGGAGCCAGUCGAGGAAGUGUACGCUUUGUUUGGAGGCCAUGAAGGAUCCGAGCGUGACGACGUGUGGACAUGUGUUUUGUUGGACGUGUGUGACUGAUUGGUUAAGGGAGCAGCCGAUGUGUCCGUUGUGUAGACAGGGGGCUUUGGUGCAGCAUGUGUUGCCUUUGCGAGGGUGA